GGACUCUUCUCCAAACCAAACCGUACCUGUCCUCAGAGGACUCUCUGCCUCCCGUCAGCUCAGCGUUACCUGAACAGCCUCCAGCAUGCCUGAGACCGCAGAGUCCCACUCGGCCUCCCUGACCACCAACAGGAACUGCACGGUGGAGGUGACCAACGUGAGCUCCGCCUACUGCCUCAUCAACCCAAAGGUCCACAUGGAGAGCGGCUUCCCGUUCAGCCCCCCGCAGCCCACUGUGCGCACCACCAAGAUGGAGCUGUGCUCCUUCACCAAGGACGACAACACGGCCACGGGGGCCGCGGGGGUCCUGACCUACGAGCUGCUGAACAUGCAGACCCGGCAGAGCAGCGAGCUCAUGGCCGUCAUGUUCUCCGUGCCGUUCGACUACAACUUCUACAAGAACUGGCUGGGCGUGGGGAUCUUCGAGCGCUCGCGCGCCUGCGACAAGAAACUGUUCGACCUCAUGUACAACGACAAAGAUUUCUCCGGCUUCAUACGUCAGGAGGCCAACGGCUCCGGGGUCACCUACAAGGGCCAGGCCCUGGACGUGAGGGCCACCAUGUCUGACGAGGGCAAGGCCAUCAUCAAGCUGGAGCUGUACGACAAGAUGGGCCGAUGAAGCGUCUGCUGGUUCAGGCUGGUCUCAUGGAGUCCCAGGACUCACUCAGACAGACCUCAUGUUUGAUGCUCUGAAUGAUGCUGUUUGUCAUCGUGGGCUU